CCCCAGUUUGCAUGAUGAAAGGACUUUUCAUUUUACUUAGGUGAAAAGUGGGUCUGUGAGUGGAGUGACUUUCUUUCAAAAAAAAAAAAAAAUCAGAAACCAAUUAUUUGAUAUGCAGAGCUGCAAGCUUCAUCCCCUUAAUGAAAUCAGUGCAGUGUGCACUGCCGUUAACCUGAGGAAAGCAGCUGACAUCUCCUGAUUACGCCGGAGGAGAGGUGGAAGGACCCAAACUUGCAGGAUCCCCCUCCCCCUCGAGAGAUUGUUAGUCCAGUCCUUUAGAGAGGUUCCGUGUGGUUCUCUGUCAUCACCACCGGGACGCUGGCAGGGAGUGUGUGUCAUGGUUACAAUAGAGUGUGGUGACAUAUAACAACCAUGAGAGCCCAGCGGGAACGGCUGCAGAUUCCGGGGCUGACCUUGGAUCUCACUCCCAGGAGCCUGAGUCCAACCCCAUCCAGCCCAGGCAGUCCUUGUAGUCCUCUCUUGGCUUUUCACUUUUGGAGUUGCCGGACAAGCAACCGGAAGAGCCUGAUAGGCAAUGGGCAGUCACCAGCGUUGCCUCGGCCGCACUCACCUCUCUCUGCUCAUGCAGGAAAUAGCCCUCAAGAUAGUCCAAGAAAUUUCUCCCCCAGUGCCUCAGCCCAUUUUUCAUUUGCCCGGAGGACUGAUGGACGCCGCUGGUCGUUGGCCUCUCUCCCCUCCUCUGGCUAUGGGACAAACACACCCAGCUCUACGGUUUCUUCAUCCUGUUCCUCCCAGGAGAAGUUGCAUCAGUUACCAUACCAACCAACGCCAGAUGAAUUACAUUUCUUAUCGAAACAUUUUUGUACCACUGAAAGCAUCACCACUGAGAACAGAUGCAGGAACACACCAAUGCGUCCCCGUUCCCGAAGUCUGAGCCCCGGACGUUCUCCCGCCUGCUGUGACCAUGAAAUAAUUAUGAUGAACCAUGUCUACAAAGAAAGGUUCCCAAAGGCUACGGCUCAGAUGGAAGAACGCCUGAAAGAAAUUAUCACCAGCUACUCUCCAGAUAACGUUCUUCCCCUGGCAGAUGGAGUGCUUAGUUUCACUCACCACCAGAUCAUUGAACUGGCUCGGGAUUGCCUGGAUAAAUCUCACCAGGGUCUCAUCACCUCGCGAUACUUCUUGGAAUUACAGCACAAAUUAGAUAAAUUGUUACAGGAGGCUCAUGAUCGUUCAGAAAGUGGAGAAUUGGCAUUUAUUAAACAACUAGUUCGAAAGAUCCUAAUUGUUAUUGCCCGUCCUGCUCGGUUAUUAGAGUGCCUGGAAUUUGAUCCUGAAGAAUUUUACUACCUAUUGGAAGCAGCAGAAGGCCAUGCAAAAGAAGGACAGGGUAUUAAAACUGACAUCCCCAGGUACAUCAUUAGCCAGCUGGGACUCAACAAGGAUCCUUUGGAAGAAAUGGCUCAAUUAGGAAACUAUGAUAGUGGGACAGCGGAAACACCGGAAACAGAUGAAUCAGUGAGUAGCUCUAAUGCUUCCCUGAAACUUCGAAGGAAACCUCGGGAAAGUGAUUUUGAAACAAUUAAAUUGAUCAGCAAUGGAGCCUAUGGGGCAGUCUACUUUGUUCGGCAUAAGGAAUCCCGGCAGAGGUUUGCCAUGAAGAAGAUUAACAAGCAGAACCUCAUCCUGAGAAACCAGAUCCAGCAGGCCUUUGUGGAACGGGAUAUCUUGACUUUUGCAGAAAACCCCUUUGUGGUCAGCAUGUAUUGCUCCUUUGAGACAAGGCGCCAUUUGUGCAUGGUCAUGGAGUAUGUGGAAGGGGGAGAUUGUGCUACCUUAAUGAAAAACAUGGGCCCUCUUCCUGUGGAUAUGGCCAGGAUGUACUUUGCUGAGACGGUCUUGGCCUUGGAAUAUCUGCAUAAUUAUGGAAUUGUACACAGGGACUUGAAACCAGAUAAUCUGUUGGUCACCUCCAUGGGGCACAUCAAGCUGACGGAUUUUGGAUUAUCCAAGGUGGGGCUAAUGAGCAUGACUACCAACCUCUAUGAGGGUCAUAUUGAGAAGGAUGCACGUGAGUUCCUGGAUAAACAGGUCUGUGGCACACCUGAAUACAUCGCACCAGAAGUGAUUCUGAGGCAAGGAUAUGGGAAGCCAGUGGACUGGUGGUCCAUGGGGAUCAUCCUCUAUGAAUUUCUUGUUGGAUGUGUGCCAUUCUUUGGGGAUACUCCAGAAGAGCUAUUUGGGCAAGUCAUCAGUGAUGAGAUCAACUGGCCUGAAAAGGAUGAGGCCCCCCCGCCCGACGCCCAGGAUCUGAUUACCUUGCUCCUCAGGCAGAAUCCCCUGGAGAGGCUGGGAACAGGUGGUGCCUAUGAAGUCAAACAGCAUCGAUUCUUCCGUUCUUUAGACUGGAACAGUUUGCUGAGACAGAAGGCAGAAUUUAUUCCCCAACUGGAAUCGGAGGAUGACACCAGUUAUUUUGACACUCGGUCAGAGAAGUAUCAUCAUAUGGAAACAGAAGAAGAAGAAGACACCAAUGACGAAGACUUUAGUGUGGAAAUAAGGCAGUUUUCUUCUUGUUCACAUAGAUUUUCAAAAGUUUUCAGCAGUAUAGAUCGAAUAACUCAGAAUUCAGGAGAAGAAAAGGAAGACUUGGGAGACAAAACCAAAAGCACAGCCUUGCCAUCCACAGAAACAUUAAGCUGGAGUUCAGAAUGUUCUGAAAUGCAACAGUUAUCAACAUCCAACUCUUCAGAUACUGAAAGCAACAGACGCAAACUCAGCUCUGGCCUGCUUCCCAAACUGGCUAUUUCAACAGAGGGAGAACAAGAUGAAGCUGUCCCCUGCCCUGGAGACCCCCAGGAGGAGCCAGAGAAGCCAGCCCUUCCUCCUGAAGAGGGGGCGCAGGAGGAGGCUGAAGUCACCACCCCUGCCAGCACCAUCAGCAGCUCCACCCUGUCAGUUGGCAGUUUUUCAGAGCACUUGGAUCAGAUAAAUGGACGGAACGAGUGUGUGGACAGUGCAGAUAAUUCCUCAAAGCCACCCAGUGAACCCGCUUCUCACAUGGCUCGACAGCGAUUAGAAAGCACAGAAAAAAAGAAACUCUCGGGGAAAGUCACAAAGUCCCUUUCUGCCAGUGCUCUGUCCCUCGUGAUCCCAGGAGAUAUGUUUGCUGUUUCCCCACUGGGAAGUCCUAUGUCUCCCCAUUCCCUGUCCUCAGACCCUUCUUCUUCACGAGAUUCCUCUCCCAGCCGAGACUCUUCGGGAGCUUCUGCCAGUCCACAUCAGCCUGUUGUGAUCCAUAGUUCGGGGAAGAACUAUGGCUUCACCAUCCGAGCCAUCCGGGUGUACGUGGGUGACAGUGACAUCUAUACUGUGCACCAUGUCGUCUGGAACGUAGAAGAAGGAAGUCCAGCGUGCCAGGCGGGACUGAAGGCUGGGGAUCUGAUCACACAUAUCAAUGGCGAGCCAGUGCACGGACUUGUCCACACGGAGGUUAUCGAGCUCCUGCUAAAGAGUGGAAAUAAGGUGUCAAUCACUACUACCCCAUUUGAAAACACGUCAAUCAAAACAGGACCAGCCAGGAGAAACAGCUAUAAGAGCCGGAUGGUGAGGCGGAGCAAGAAAUCUAAGAAGAAAGAAAGUCUAGAAAGGAGGAGAUCUCUUUUCAAAAAGCUAGCCAAGCAGCCUUCUCCGUUACUCCACACUAGCCGAAGUUUCUCCUGCCUGAACCGAUCCCUGUCCUCAGGAGAGAGCCUCCCAGGCUCACCCACUCACAGCCUGUCUCCCAGGUCACCCACACCAAGCUACCGCUCCACCCCCGACUUCCCAUCCGGUACUAAUUCCUCCCAGAGCAGCUCCCCGAGUUCUAGUGCCCCCAAUUCCCCAGCUGGAUCGGGGCACAUCCGACCCAGCACCCUUCACGGUCUGGCCCCCAAACUUGGGGGGCAGAGGUACCGCUCAGGAAGGCGUAAGUCGGCAGGCAACAUCCCGCUCUCCCCGCUGGCCCGGACACCCUCUCCGACCCCCCAGCCUACCUCUCCUCAGCGGUCACCAUCCCCUCUUUUGGGACACUCGCUGGGCAAUUCCAAGAUCGCACAAGCCUUUCCCAGCAAGAUGCACUCCCCGCCCACCAUCGUCAGACACAUCGUGAGGCCCAAGAGUGCAGAGCCGCCCAGGUCCCCGCUGCUCAAGCGCGUGCAGUCAGAGGAGAAACUGUCACCCUCCUACAGCGGUGAUAAGAAGCACCUGUGCUCACGCAAGCACAGCCUAGAGGUGACUCAGGAGGAAGUACAGCGCGACCAGUCCCAGCGGGAGGCGACCCUGCAGAGCCUGGAGGAGAACGUGGGUGACGUGCCUCCCCUGAGCCGUGCCCGGCCGGUGGAGCAGGGCUGCCUGAAGCGCCCCGUCUCCCGGAAGCUGGGCCGGCAAGAGUCUGUGGACGAGCUGGACCGGGACAAGCUGAAGGCCAAGGUGGUGGUGAAGAAGCCAGACGGCUUCUCUGAGAAACAAGAAUCCCAUCAGAAAUCCCAUGGGCUUGGGAGUGACUUGGAGAACCUUGCUAUCUUUAAGCGAGAAGAGAGAGACAAGAAAAUCUAUCCGAAGCCUUUAGAAAGGUCAAACCAUUUUGACAGCAAGGCUGCCGUGCAGGAAGGCCAGUCUCUGGGCAGUCUGCUGAAAGACGCUCUUCACAAGCAGGCCAGCGCCCGUGCUGGCGAGGGGGUGGCCUCUGACGGGGCCCUGGCUGGCUCUGGCCUGGCACAUGGUGAGCACAGCCAGGGCGGCAGGGACUUCAAACAGGUCUCUGUUCCGGGGACCCUCCAGGACAGUCUCUGUCACUCCAUGGAUAGGCCCCACUGCGGGAAGGGGGAAAACACAGAGAAGGCCAAGGAACUUCUCCGAUGUGAGAAGUUAGAUAGCAAGCUGGCCAAUAUCGAUUACCUCCGGAAGAAAAUGCCCCUCGAAGACAAAGAUGACAGCCUCUGCCCCCUGGUAAAGCCCAAGACAAUAGCUGGUCCCCAUGAAAGCCUGCCAGGGAGCUCAGCCCGGCCCGUGGGUGGGCAGCAGGAGGCCCCCGCAGCCCCCGAGAGCCGAGCCUUCAUCAGCAGCCCCCAUGCAGUUCAGAUCAGUGCUGGCUCUUUUGUUCCCCUCAAGGGCUUAGCUGGCCGGGUGGACGGUGGAGUAGAGAAGCCAGGCUUGGUUGCUCCUGAGUCCCCUGUGAGGAAAAGCCCCUCGGAGUAUAAGCUGGAAGGCAGGUCUGUAUCAUGCCUAAAGCCCAUUGAGGGCACUUUGGACAUCGCUCUCCUGUCUGGACCACAGGCCUCCAAGACAGAGCUGCCUUCGCCAGAGCCUGCACAGAGUCCUAGCCCAGGUGGGGAUGUGGGGCCUUCUGUGCCACCAGCUCUUCCCAGCAGCAGCAAGAAAAAGGGAGAAACUGCCAGUCCAAAAGAGCCUCCUUCUGCCAGCGUAAAGAUGAAUAAAUGCCAUCUGCUUGAGCCUAGGUUCCUGCCCCCCAGUCGGGGUCUUCAGAAUUCACCAGCAGCUCCCUUGCCUGACUCAGAACUAAAGCAGGACAGGAAAGUUUCCCAUCCUGCUGCCAGGAGCACAAUGACAGUCAUGGGAAACAAUCCCCAGUGGAGAGAGGGUGGCCCCCACAAGCACCAAGACCACACCACUGACACCCAGCUCCUCCCCUGCCCAGGGCAGGGCCUCCAUGGCACCGACCCAGCCAGGCCACGUGGCCCACUCCCACCUGGAAGUACCUCCUCCAGGGAGAAGCCGAGCUUGAGAGACUCCUCUGAAAGGGGCCCUUCCACAGCCAGAAGCGAGAGGUCUGCUGCUCGGGCUGAUGUAUGCAGAGACUCCUCUGUGGGGCUGUGCCUGCCGGGAACUGCUAAAGCCAGUGACAGCCCCAGAAAUCUCUCCUCUGUGGGAAGGGCCUGCCCAGAUUUUGAUGUGAAGACCCAGGCCAUAGAGAAACCAUGGGGGCCUUGUGGGAAAACCAGCCACAGGGAUGGCCAGGAAGAGCUGAAGCCGCUAGCCAGAGACGAUUCCUCUUUGCAGCCAGCUGAGGUUCCGUGUGAGAAGCAGCUGGGCAAGGGGAAAAGUGGCCUGGAACCCAAGUCUGACGCCCCUCCUGCCAGGCGUUCUCUGCAGGCACCUGGGAUUGAGAGUGGGAAGAGUGAAAAGCUCUCCGCUUUCCCAUCUUUGCAGAAAGAUGGUCCCAAGGACCCUGAAAGGAAAGAGCAGCCUCUGCAAAGACACCUCGUCAAUAGCCCUCAGCACACCUUGACCUCUAAAGAGCUGUCCAGCCUCGCCUCUUGGCAGCAUUGCGGAUCCCCAAGCCAGGCUUCCAGCAGAGAGCCUGGGACCAGGCCCAGCGCUGCAGAACCCACCCUGGCCCCCCAGGAACCCCCAAAGCCUGCUGCUUUGCCCAGUGAAAGCAGCAGCCACAAGCUCCGGCCAGGCCCUGACCCAGGCCCUGGCAAGUCUAAGCACCCAGACAAGUCCCUCUCCUUACAGAAACCAAGCAUUGGGGCUGCAAAGGGCAAGGAGCCUGUCACUCAGCCUCUGGCCAGCUCUAGCAGGGAGGGGAAGGGCGGCAGUAAGGGGGGGUUGGAUGUGUUCCCUGCUGUCCCAGGCUCUCAGAGCAAAGCCAGUGAUGUGACUGCCCAAGGAGAAAGUCAGCCCUCUGUCCCACCACAUACUGAAGGGGGUCCUGCAGCCACCACACUGAAACCCACCAGUGGUGGGCAUCCCCCAGAGAUCCUGAACAAGCCUGCGCAUUUGCCGAGGCAAGAAUACCCAGAGAUUAGUGAGUCAGGGGACCCGCAACCCUCCCCUGUCAGUGAAAUGCAAAACCUAUCUCCAAAGCACCCCAAACCAUCCACUGUGAAAGAUUGCCUCCCUCCGUGCAGACAGACAGACAGAAGCACGAGCCAGCAGGCCGCUGCCACCGACAGAAAGCCUGAAGGGAAGAAACGCACAGAUGCACUUUAUGUUCCGGCAGACAGAGAGAAGCUCGAGGCCAGCCCUCCCCUGGCACCCGGGGAGACCUGGCUGACUGGUGUGGAGAGGCCAGCCACGGCCACGGGGGCGGGGAAGGGCUUCCCAGAGGCCAAGGGGAAAGGGCCCAGUCCCCAGAAACCACUGACUGAGGCGGGCAAGCCCAGCAGCAUGAAGCGGUCACCCUCGGCCACAGGACAAAGUUCCUCAUGCUCGGCUGCCCUCCUGGAAAAUUCUCUGAGCUGCUCCUCCAGCUUUCCCGAAGCCAGACCCGCGGUCCGGGAGGCCUUUACAACCAACGGUGACACCUGUUCUGCUAUGGCCAGUGGAGGCACAGUUGACCCCCCAGCCUCCAGCAACAGGGACCACAGGAAAUGUCCAUCAGGGGGGGAUGGCAGAACCCAAAUGACAAAGAGCGACUCUUUGCCAUCCUUCCGGAUUUCCACCACCACUCUGGAGUCACACCAUCUUGACCCAAUCGCGACAGGCGGAGCCAGCUACAGGGACAGGGCUCUCUCAGUAAGUGCCUCCUUAGGAGAAGCCAAAGGGAGGGAGCCUGCCCCAGCCCAUCUGCCCCCAGCUCGGAAACAGAACGCAGGCCGAGAAGUGACCAAGACCUUUCCAGCCCCAAACUUGGACCGCCCCGUCACCCUUUCUUCUGAGAAGGACUUUGUGGUACGGCAGAGGCGGGGGAAAGAGAGUUUGCGUAGCAGCCCUCACAAAAAGGCCUCCUAACGGGGCAGAUCCUUGGGCAGAAUGUGGUGACCGGCCAGAAUGUGUGACUGUGUCUUGACUACCUUUCGAAACCAGCACUGUGUGGGAAUGUUGCCAGGCAGAGCUUGGAGCCUCAUUGAGGAAGGAGAGAGAGAAAAAAAGAGGGGACCUUCUUCCAGAUGCCUUCCCAGUUGUAACCGGUAAAACCGUUACCAGAUAGUGUUUGUACAAAAAAAUACCUUUACAGUUGAGGGUUGUUGAGGAAAAAGAUUUUCCUGUAAAUACAUAGCAAUGUGUCUGGUUUGGGAUGUAGAGUCUUUACCUUGCUGCUGAUUGCGUCGUUUACUACAGCUUUUUUUUUGAACAAGAUUUUUGCUUUACCAUUCAUCAUAAUGUAAUAGUGAAGCAAAAUGGUCAAAACUGGGUGUGUGUAAAACUAUAGAUGCACUCCUAUCUGUGGGUAGACACAUCCACCCUCAUGGUUAGGUCUGAGGUUUAAGAGAAUAUUUCAAGGUUCCAUUUUUAUAAGCUAAAACAUUCUAAAUGAAGUUAAAGGUGGAAGAAAGCCCUAAUACAGUAGAUGGUGAGUUUUUAUGUGUAUUUUUAACCAGAGUUUCUGAUAGCACUCUAUCUGGCUACCUAUGUUUCCAGAUCUAAAAGCAGGAACUACUCUAAUCGCUGCAUUUGGAAUCCUCCAUUAGGAAUGGCCGGCACAAAUGGAGCCAGCCGUUUUCAUUUCACGGUCAUCCUCCUGGACAUUUUGAUCCUGGGUCCAACUGUCUAGAAGGCCAGUUGUCCUUGUCUGGAUGUGCGUCUGGUCUUCACCCAAGGCAGAGCAGGGACUGUGAACACACAUCACCUUUACUUCUGCUGUCCUCCUUUUUUACCAAACUGUUCAACUCAGGCCUUUAUGCUGUGAGUGACUAGUGCAAGAAGCACAGGCUCUGUAGUCCAGAACCAGCCCUGCUCUGAAAUAGAAAGGACAAUUGGUGGCGGCACACAGAUGUGCUAGUGCUUAGGUGGAGUGCUAAGUUUCAGGCAUUGGAAGAGGUUUUCAAUUUGCUUUUGUGAGGAAAGGAACUGGGAGGUGGGGGGGGAUUGGCAUCAUAGCAUCUAUAUUAAGGACUAAUCAGGACAUCAGAUACAUUUUAAUACAUAGCUGGGGCCUUAUGUUGUAGACGAGGCUUGCUGUUUUUAGCAAGUUCCUGGGGUUUCACAUUCAUUUCUAAUGCAUCAGGUAGCUCCCUACAUUUCAUAACAUGAUCUCUUUAUUUGUAAGCAAAAAAAAAAAAAAAAUACUGUAUUAAUAAAGAGCAACAUUUUUGUAACAAAAAGACUUGUUGGAGCUAUUUGGUGCUUGAAUGUGAUCAUCCUUUUUACUUUUGCUAAGCCUUAUUUAAAUUUUGUAUACUGUGGAAUAUGUAGAAUUUGUAAGAUCAUUUUAAUGCGGAAGGUUUCUGAUUUGGUGGCAGGGUGGGGGGACUUUUGUUGCAGUUUUUUUUGUGUGUUUUGUUUGUUUUGUUUGGUGGCUCGUAUUGUAACAUGGCACUUGUUGGCAUAAGUAGUAAAGCACUAAGAGAAAACACAGAUAAGUGUUAGAUGCAUGAGAACCACAGUAGGAAUUUUUUAUUUUGUUUUCUAAGAGGAAAAAAAAAAUGACCAACAAAUAACUAAUUCAGCACCCAAACCCACUCAGGGAUGUCUUAGUAUCUUCAGGCUAUAAAAUUGUUUAUCUAAGCACAGCAUCAUUUAUAGCCCUGUGGAUUGUAAAUCUUUAGGGAGGCUAUAAACUCCACUUUGACAACAAAGGCAUAACUUAACUAUUUUGUUGUCCUUUGUUGUAAAAUAAGUUGGCAAUGUCCCCUCCCCCCAAAAGAAAGAAAGGAAAGAAAAAUGUCUCCUCUUUGCCUCUAAUUUUUUUUUUUUUUUUUGAGAUGUACUCUUAUUUUAUGUCCCCAAGUAGAGUGCAGUGAUAUCCUUAUAGCUCACUGCAACCUCAAAAACCUGGGCUCAAGUGAUCCUCCUGCCUCAGCUGCCCAAGUAAAUAGGAGUACAGGCACCGGCCACAGUGCCUGGCUAAUUUCGCUAUUUUAGUAGAGAUGGGGUCUUGCUCUUGCUCAGGCUGGUCUCACACUCCUGAGCUCAAGCAGUCCUCCCGCUCAGAGUAUUAGGAUUACAGGCUUGAGACACUGCAGCCAGGCCCUAAUUUUUUUCCAUGUGUUUUAGCCAUUCCAUAACACUACAUUAUAAAACUGCAGAAGAAACACAAAUUUUAUAAGAAUUUAAAUGGGUUUCAGGAGUGUUCUCAGCAUUUAUAAUGCUUAUCUGCGUUUGGUGGUUAUCAUAAUCCAGUCCUACACUCAGACGUGGAGACAGGUCUAUCGGGGCGGUAGUUCAUGGUUUACAGCCUUUGUUUUUUAACUGUUCAGUUUCCUUUAAAGCACAACUAGCUGUUUACAAAUGAUAUUUUUCUGUAUAUUUUGUAUAGCAUACUAUCAUUUUUGCCAAAUAUGGUUUUCAUUAUGGAUGAGUAAAGAGUACUUAAGGUUGCAUUCAUGUGAUACCUGUUGUUGUAAACCUCUCCAAUCAGCUGGUAGAAAUUCUCCUAGUUGUGUUCUAGUUGGUCAGUCUCUGUGUGAUCGUAAGACGUGCUCCCUAUAGUACUCCCAGCUGUAGAUUUACCAGCUUAAAAGUUUGUUAGGAUCUGUGCAAUAAAGUGUUUGCAGUCUUAUUUUCUCUAAGAAAUUCCUGAUGGAUGUCAUAAUUGUUGUAUAUUGAACAAAAUAUUUAUACUUAUGCAGUUGCAUAACAUUGAAAUAAAAAUUUAGCAUGAAAAG